GGAUAUUGAUUCAGGCUUUUUGGAUAUGACAAGUACAUGCAUCUUUUUAAAUAACACUACCUAUACUUAGCCCAACAUGUUCAAGAAGAAGCCGACGAUCAAAAAUAUUUCCCCGCUGCGGUCUUCAGAUCGUCGGAAAAUCGCCGAUCAGAUCAUACGUGACUACAAAGUCGAGAUCCCGUCCAACCCUCCCCCCGAACGUAGCGGGGAUGAUUCAACCGAUCCCGGCGCAUCUGCCCCCCAAACCCCCAAUCUCACUACCAUCCGGAAUGCCUUACUGCCCGAGAACUCCUCGUCUGCGCGCUUCACGACCACAGCAGGCCCACAGUUGAAGGAGGUCCAGGGCACUGUGUAUGUGGGGACUCAUACUGGAGGCGAUGAACGGAUCCUGUGGUUUAGACUAGAUCAUGGUCCUGGUGCGGACGGUCGCUUAUAUCCCACGGUAUAUACGCUCUGGAACAAUCCCAACCUGGUGCCCUUGCUUUACACUCCGGAAAUGGUGAUGCGGAAAUUGCACGCGGGCGCGGAUCUGAUGACCCCCGGUCUGGCAAACGAGCCACCCUUCCCUCAAAGGGCUGUGAAGGGGGCCGUGGUUGCUGUCGCGGGCUUGGACCGUUGGUCUGUGCCAUUGUUUGUGGGGGUUUGUGAGAUCGAUGUCUCGUCUCUUGGGGAGGUACAGGGUACAAAAGGCCACGCGGUUAAAGGUUUGCAUUGGGAGGGGGAUGAGCUGUGGGCCUGGAGUUCGUCUUCUCGGCCUGGUCAGCCAGCCCCCGAGUAUCUAGAAGGCUGGGAUGAGGAGAAACAGGAUCAAGACGCAUCUAGUGCAGGAGAGGUACAGGAGGGUGUCGGUGGCCUUACCUUGGAUGAGAAAGAGAAUGGGGAAGGGUUUCCCGGACCUUCGGAAGAUCAACCAGAAGAGACGACGGCUACCGAGAAGGAGCCUUCGAUGAAAGAAAUCGACGAUGCUUUUGAGAAAGCUUUCCUUUACUCUCUACACAAACUCAAACAGGAUAACCCCACAUCGCCCAACCACGGGCUUUCUCUUCCUGUGCAGCCCUCUGCCCUGAUAUCUAACAUGAUCACGCCAUAUCUGCCAAUCUACUCAGCCCAGCAGAUGCAGUGGUAUCAGAUCAAGAAGACAAGCUGGAAGAACGUCAAGAAGUUCAUCAAAUAUCUCGACAAACAGCGCCUAGUCAAAUCGAAAGAUCGCAACGGGCAAGAGACCGUCAUCCUGGAUGUGGACUUCGACGAUCGCCGGGUAGACGAAUUUGUCCCUUAUAGGCUGCCGUCGAAGAAUGCCAUCGAGAAUGCAGGAAAAUCUGCCUCGAACAAGAAGGCUCCGGCGACAGAUGACCAUGAUCCUUCAGUCGGCCAGACAAUCACGGUGCAAAACCUUUAUCGACCCACCGGAAAACUGGUGCCGACCAUCUUUCCGGCCUUGUCUGCAACUCACCCGGAUAACUACUAUAAAUACACCGAUGUCUCCAGUCGUUUAGAUCAGUAUAUCCAAUCCCAAAACCCACCGAUUGUUGACAAGGGAAACCGUCGCAUCAUUUCAGUGAAUCCAUACCUUGCCAACACCAUCUUUACGACAUCAACUUCCGAGGACAAGAGCACCUUGGCACGUGGAAAGACCACUCGAGACGGCCUUUUGAAACGCAUCGUCGAAGACCACGGCCUCAUGACAGUCCAUUAUGUCAUUCUCAGACAAGGUCAAACGAUGGCCGACGUCAAGCCCAAAGCCGGCACAGCACCAAAGGUCAAUGUGACUCUUGAGCGGCGGACGGGGUCUAAGACCGUCACCAAGGUCUUCAAUCUGGAGAUAUUUGGAAUCAUCCCUACCUUACUGGCCGAAGAGCUGCAAAAGAAGUGUGCUAGCAGCACCAGCGUCACACAGGCUACAGGGGCCACUAAGGGUGUGAUGGAAGUUUUGGUACAGGGCGACCAACGCCGUGCAUUGGAAACCGCUCUACUUCGGCGGGGACUGAAGACGCAAUGGAUUGACGUGACGGACAAGACCAAGAAGAAGAAAUAGACCUCGGUCAACGGACUCGGGUAGUGUACAAAGGCGACGAUAGCUUAUUAUGGUUGACUUGACUAUUCCGCUGGUACCAUUUU